GCGGAGAGAGGGGAGAUUCGGGUCGUCGCUCAUAGCAACGGGCCGGGGAAAGGCGAGAAGCCCCGCUCCCCUCCCGCCCCCGCUCCCCGCUCCCGCAGUCAGCUCGUCAACCUUCUCCCGCUUCAAAAAAACUUUAUUUUAUAAAAAGGUGGUAAAUACAAUGACGGUUCUGGAGCCCGAGGCCUAACUUCGCGGUUGAAGCCUCGGGGUCGAGUAGGUGGGCAGUCCGUGCCGGCUCGCUGCUGUCCCGGCAUCAAUGAGGCGCUGAAGCUGGAGGUUUUUUUUAAAAAAAAAGAAACGAAGAAAAUAAACUAAAGAACAAAAAAAGACACAAAAGCGCCCGGAGUUCCCUCCACCACCCCCACAAAGCAAAUAAUUCCCGGAGGGAGGAUCUGCCAAGUUCCAGGAGACGCUUGGAAAAUCAAGACCCUUUAACAGAAGAAAUGGCUCUACAAGACUUGACAGAUGUGGAUGAUAUCAACAAGACCCUAUUUAUUGAAAAUCACAAAACUGCAGAUGCUGGAGACAUUCUGCAGGCCAGAUAUUUCUGCUAUGACAGACGAGGUGUACAGGACGCGAAGCCAGAAGAGAGCAUUGGAACGGGAUGGUCUCCACAAUGAUGUUGACACAAAGAAACCAAAAAUGGAAUGUUCCCGAGGAACUGAUAUGGACAGUGAAUUAGAAGAAUUGAAAGGAGAGAUAAGAAUUAAAACAGAACCUGUUGACCGGGGUGGUGGAAGGACUGCAGGGUUAUUAAAGGGGCCAGGUGAAGUAAAAGCAACAAUCAAAGUAGAAGUUCCAACUGGAGAUGAACCCGUUGACAUGAGUACAUCAAAGAUCGAAAUGAAGAAGGGAAAACGCGCCCCAUCUCCAGAUAUCAUCAUCCUCUCUGACAACGAACCCUCAAGUCCUAGGCUGAACGGGCUCUCGAAAGAACUAGGAAGAAGUGCAAAUACAGAUGAUAUUAUGAAGAGCACCCCAGAGGAGCGAGAAAGAAUAAUCAAGCAAUUAAAGGAAGAACUACGAUUAGAGGAGGCCAAACUUGUUCUGCUCAAGAAACUGCGCCAGAGUCAGAUUCAGAAGGAGGCCACUAUUCCAAAGCCUGCUGUCUCGACAGGCACUGCCAUGGCCACCCCACCCCCGCUGGUCCGGGGAACGCUGCAUGUUCCCACUGGCAAGCCCAACUUCCAGGUAACCACUGCCCGUGCGGUGGGUACAGUAAUCCCACCACCAUUGGUUCGUGGUGGUCAACAGGGGACCUCAAAGCUCGGAUCUCAGCAGAACCCACAGAUUGUGAUGCCGCCUUUAGUGAGAGGAGCUCAGCAAAUUCACACCAUCAGACCACAUGCCAGCACUGCCCCGCCUCCCCUGCUACUGGCUCCCAGAGCAUCGGUGCCUAAUGCAGUGCAGAUCCAGGGCCAGAGGGUUCUACAGCAGGGACUAAUCCGUGUGGCCAAUGUCCCCAACACCAGCCUGCUCGUCAACAUUCCACAGGCUUCAAAUACAAUGAAAGCCUCAACGCUGAACUCGUCUCAGUCAAAUGCCGGCAGCAAUACAGCGGCGUCUGUUGUCAAUUCUAACGACUCGCCGGCCAGUCGCCAGGCUGCGGCGAAGCUUGCUCUCCGCAAGCAACUGGAGAAGACGUUGCUGGAAAUUCCACCGCCCAAACCUCCAGCCCCUGAGCUGAAUUUCUUACCAAGUGCUGCUAAUAAUGAGUUCAUCUACCUGGUCGGCCUUGAAGAAGUGGUGCAUAACCUCCUAGAAACUCAAGGUAAAGCUUCAGCACAGGCAUUGGCCCAAGAACCGUACGCCUGUUCACAGUGCAAAACUGACUUUACCUGUCGCUGGAGGCAAGGAAAGACUGGGACUAUCAUGUGUGAGCAAUGUGUGACGUCCAACCAGAAGAAGGCAUUGAAAGCUGAACAUACUAAUCGUCUGAAAGCAGCAUUUGUGAAGGCUCUUCAGCAAGAACAGGAGAUCGAACAACGGAUACUGCAACAGCCACCUUCCACUGUACAAAGCAAGCAGGACUCUGCAGUACAACACCAUACGUUGAAACAGGUAUGGAAGAGCUCCAGCCAGCUGUCUCGAGGGCCUCAGUCGACCACAGCCCGGGGAGUACUGCACACGUUUAGCCAGUCAUCUCAGCUGCAGAACGUGUCUCUCGUCAGCAGGCAGAGCAAGCACUCUGAGAGAGCCGGGGGCAAAGGCAGCACCACUGCCUGGAGAAAGCAGAUCCCCAACACGGGGGUUACAAUGGCUUACGUUAGCCCAAAUCUCUCGGGACACAAGACCUCAUCGACGAUGGAUCGCCAACGCGAGUACCUACUGGACAUGAUCCCUUCACGAUCCAUCAGCCAGUCAGCCGCCACAUGGAAGUAGAUGCAGUGGGGUGGGGUGGGGUGGGAGGGAGGGCUAGAGAGAGAAGCUUUGAAAGACGGCCACCAUCAGCUUGUCCCCCCCUUUCCUCACUGCAGCCAUGCAGUCCAUCGGUCGAAGGGGUGGGGCCCAGAUAAUCCCGGCAACUCCCCAUACUCCUUCUGGAUGCAGUCUGCAUUUCUUGUCAUUUUGAGCACUGUUCUUGCACAAUGUAUAAGGAAAAGGUACAACAUGUGACCAGUUAGAAAUGGGCAUUCAUCUUGCCAGAUUACAAUGAAAGCUAUAUGUGGAAAAGAGAUCUUUUUUACUUGCUGUUUCUAUGUGAGCGUGCGCACUUAGUGCCCACACGUGUGUUUCUGCGUUUCACUUCACGGUACAAGUGAUGCCAUCAUAGAUCUCAAGUUCUACAGUAGCUGGGGAGUGUGGAAGGGUUCCUCCUCCCUGGCCACAGUAGUAAAUGUAAUGCAGGUCACUCAGGGUGAGAGGUAAAGUGGAGAAUAUUGGGCCAGUUGGGAGUGUCCCAUCACAGGAGCAGAGACACCAGGUGUCAAAGGGACUGAGCCUUGUUGAUCUAAUCUGUGCCAUCCCCUCCCACUAUAUAGAUCAGGUAUGUAGACGUUUCCCACCUUCCACUCUCGUGUGUUUGUAGAAUUACUCUAAAGCAAACCAUGCAAUUCUCCUGAGAAUUAACCCCUUUGCAAGGCAGCCUGGCUCUUCGGAGUUGACGUUUUUUCAGAAUGUGUUUCUGGGGGUGAGGUGAAAGUCGACGUUUGCAUCAGCCACUGGAGCUGUGCAGUGACGCUGGAUAUUUCUAUCCCUCCCGUUUCCUCUCCCCCAGCCUUCAGCCACUGGAGCUGUGCAGUGACGCUGGAUAUUUCCAUCCCUCCCGUUUCCUCUCCCCCAGCCUUCAGCCACUGGAGCUGUGCAGUGAUGCUGGAUAUUUCCAUCCCUCCCGUUUCCUCUCCCCCAGCCUUCAGCCACUGGAGCAGCCAGAUUCCUUCCCUGUCACUCCCACAAAUCCCACACUGCAUUAUCGAUAAACACCACAUUUAACAUGGGAAUAAAAUGGUUAGCCUUGAUGCAGCCUGCUUUCUAUUGCUUCUGAGUGGGGAAGGUUGUGUGAACAAAGGUUUAGAUUUGCCUCUUUUGUGGUGUCCUGGUGAUAGCUGUCUACACCAGGAUGUGACUUGAGCACAGAACAUUUCACUUAGGAUGCGGAGGUGAAGAAUCUUGUCUCAGCCCUACCCCAUUGUUAGGCCAUUUCUCUGCGUUGGGGGGUGUGACCAGUAUCCCACUGCAGCUGGACGUGAGUCAGGCCUGUUUGGCAAGGCACUGGCCUUUUGGUGACGCUGGGCUCACUGGGAAAGGAAGGCGGGAGGCUCUUUGACUGGUUUAAACUGAAUCUUACUGGGCUGGGAGCGUGAUCAGUCUGUGCUCCCUGAUUCACUGAGGUUUCCUGAGCAGCACCGUGAUUCGGUGAUGGAUCUGUAAUCGGUGAUGAGUCAAGUGUAAGAGUGGGCAGAGGAUGGCAGCCGUAGCUCUUCGACCAGGUGGAGGUACAGUUGUUGUACAGCAGGCAUUGUAAAAGGCAUCAACACUCGGUGUUGGUCACCAGGGCCUGGCUCCUUCCCAUCCCUGCAGACUUGUAAAUGGCAGUCAUUUUAACUUGCUGCUUUUCCCCUUACCUGUGAAUAAUCUUUUGCCAUUUAGGCAGACUUUUAUUUUUCUUCCCCAGUUUUUGAUACAAAUUAGUCAUUAGUAAAAGCCAUGAAAAUAUCUUGCAGCUGGUCCUUGUUUGUUAGAGGUUUUUUUGUGUUUGAUUGGUUAGCUGGAAUGAUAUAUUUAAUUCCACCAAAGUACCCUCUAGGUUAAUAUUUUUAUGUGCAUUUUCGCACUGCAGAGAUCAAAAUGUAAUGACAGAGUUUCAACACCCCAACAAUUGGAUCCAGUCAGAGCCUGGCUCAGCUCUCUCGGAGGAAGGGGUUGGGUGGCGAGGUUUUAUAAUCUCUCCAAAUGGCAGCCUCUUUAUCCCAACAUGUUUUCCCAGGGUCUGCACACCAACGUGGCAAUUUACAAGUAAGGUCAGUCACACCUCCUGUCACCGCUCCUUCAUCUCAGCAGAGGUGGUUGUCCACUGAGCUGGGCCAAAUUGUCCUGCUUCCUGCUCCUGUAGGUAUCCACGCCCCACCAUUUUGAACAUACUGUAACCAUCUUUCACUAUCCUAUAUCUUCCUUCUGUUGGAGCUGGGGUGUUGAGAAGUUGUCUCUCUCUGUGACACAGUGGGCUGGGUUUGGAUAAGGAAGUUUCCCCUGGACACCCUCAGAUUCUCCAUAAUGCAAUGUACAUAACUAAUGUUUACAUUGGUGUAUAAGUUUGAGUUUGUCCUGAUUUUCAUUGGGUCUUUAAGGAAUAUAAUGUUCAGGACUCUGAGUGAUUGUAGACGUGUAGGGAUGAAGUGGCCCCAUCAGUAUUGUAGCCAAGGAGGUCCAUCGCAUUUGACAGUGUGGUGAUAUUUUAAUUACACCCAACUCUCUCUCGUUUCCAUUAUCAAGCUCCUCUUUCUAAGGAGAGUUGUGCUAUUUGCUGACUGUGCUUGCUGCUCACUUAGCAAAUAGACAUUCUUUGUCCUCGAGCAGAUCGGUCCCGAUGUCAUUGAUCCAUUCUCACCUCUAUUUGCAUACUGAAGUUGGUUGGUUUAUAUUGGUAUUUGUAUUUGAGGACAGGUUGGGUUGCUUUGGGCAGCCACGUUCACUGUUUUAUGUUACUAUCUCACAGUCCAAAUGAUCUGUGUGCCCUGGGCCAUUUCUGCCUUAACUAAUCCCACCAAUCUGAGUUAGAGCUAAGAAAUGGGUGAAGAGGUUUUUCACACUGAGGUGUAAUAACUUCCACCAUUCAAUCUUCCUGCCCCUUUCCCUCAUAACGAGGUUCAUGAAGAGUUUGAUGCUGGUCUUUUAGCCGGGGUUUGUGCCUAUCUCCAGAAUGGCGUGGGAUGUCCCACCUACCAUUGUGGGCCACUCAUUCAGGGAGGGCUUGUGUGGGAAGGGGCAAGAAAUAAUUUUGCAAAGUUCAACAGCUUUUACUUUGAAGGAACUGCAGUCCACAGGAGAAUGUGCCUCACUUGGAUGUUCUGUGACAUGUUGAUACCAAAUAUUGCAGCCAGCUUCACGUUGACGACAGGUGCUCGGACUGAGGGAUCAUCACAAACCCUUUGGCCUUUGGAUCCCAUGUUCCUGUUCAGACUUGAUCCCUGCCAUCCCCCCACCCCUCACCCCCUUCUCAAGCUCCCAGAAUAAUUGUCCGGUGGUUGGGGAAGGAGGCAGCAAUGGAGAGAGGUAUUUUUCUAGAAUGAAUGCACCUACCCAAAAAAAACCUCAAGAACACUUUUUCAGAGAGUGAAAGAUCGUUUCACCGAUGGAGCAACGUUCUGUGUGUGGAAAUAACUGCAAAUGACAAACUCUCAUACAAAAUAAUUUUUAUCUUCACUUUUUGUCACCAACAAAUUUAUAUUGAGGUGACUGAAAUCGCAAGAGCCGUUACAGAUCUGUCGAUACAUUCUGGACCUUCUAUUUACUGUGACUAUAGCCUCUAAUAGAAAGAACUUACAGAGAAGUUGCUGCAAGAAACCUAUUCCCACUGGAGAAUUUCAAUCCAUGCUUGAAAUGGAUGAUGUAUAUUGUAUUGAGGGAUUUUUAGCAUUUGAAUGACAAAUAAACAGGACAA